GAUAGAUUGUGAUAAUCUUCAGUGAACCGGGAGAGAUCGGUAGGUGUAACUGGUGGCUGAGGUGUGCUGGAGGACGGGAUGGCUGAAAGGAGACAUUGGGAAUGACAGAAGUGACUCCAAGCAGUGAUUGACAGGUGGGUACAAUAUAUGACAGGGUUGUGUUGUUUGAGCCAAGGGACAAGUGGCGUCAAGUGGAGAUGACAAAUAAUUUGAGUGUUUCGCGAUGAUUCCCAGAAAUUAGCAGUUUGAAUGGUACCGUUUGGUUGGUGACAGGGGAGAUGAGUCGCCCGUGCUGGGCCGUAACCUUCUUACGGGACAGGAGGGGCUCGAGGGGAAACUAGAGCUGACACGCCAAGCCCUCAGGGAUAAAAUUGUCAUCUUCGCCGGAGUCAAUGAGGGCAGAGACUGGUGUAUUGCGAACGGGACCAAGAAUGCAUGCGGGAACAGUUAUAUGGGAGGGAGAGCUUUGAGAGGUGUUGGUUUGUCUCACCACGACACUCUCAGGUCGUGGUGAGCCUGGUCUUGUGGCUUGAGAGUGCAGGUGACCAAUAAAGUGACCAGGCUGUCCACAAUAGAUGCAUAACCUCUGAGAGAAGCGGCGCUGCCGUUCCUGGGGGAGGUUGUCUUGUAUUAUGGCUAAAGAAAUUACAUUUUUGUGGGAGGUGGGUUUGUCCCUGGUCGCGAGUUCGUCUUUCAGUUGUACGGAUAACCCCUUAAGAAAAAUUCCCUUUGUGCUGCGUCGUCCCACCCGCAUUCAAUUGUGAGUAUCCAGAAACCAAUUGAGUAGGAUGCUACGGAACUCGAACCUUGGGUGAUAGCUAGGAGGCGCCGAGUGGCUUCCCUACCCUUAACGGGGUGAUUGAAAACUUUCGUGAGUUUGGACAUAACGUGAGCAGGUGGUGUGGCAUGGCGGCGUGGCUGGAGCAAGCAGCGAGGCGGGGAAGGCACGGGAAGGAACACUUGAGACGGGAGCGAACAAAAUCGGGCGACGGCUUCCCGGAACUGAUGGGCUGACAUGCAGGCAGUGAUGAGUGCUGAUUGACGACAGGUGCACGGUCGACGUGAUGCUGAUUGCUGGGGAAGGAGAGAGGGAGAGAGAGAGGCAAGGCGCAAAGUGCCACCCAAGCUCCAAAGGAGGAACUGCAGGGCACAGAUCAUGACAGCUCUAUUGAGCCUGGUUAUGGAUUUUAACCUCCUGACGGACAGUGACGCCCGCAGCCCGGCGCUGUCACUCUCCGACUCUGGAACCCCGCAGCACGACCAGGGAUGCAAGGGCCAGGAGAGCAGCGACACAGAGAAAUCCCACCAGAACCAGCUGGAUGAAUCCAGUACUGACGAUGGCUCACUGAAGAAAAAGCAGCGGCGGCAGAGAACUCAUUUCACCAGCCAGCAGCUCCAGGAGCUGGAGGCCACGUUUCAGAGGAACCGCUACCCUGACAUGAGCACCAGGGAGGAGAUCGCAGUGUGGACCAAUCUCACAGAGGCGCGGGUCAGGGUAUGGUUCAAGAACCGACGUGCCAAGUGGAGAAAGCGGGAGAGGAACCAACAGGCCGAAUUGUGCAAGAAUGGCUUUGGUGCCCAGUUUAACGGACUCAUGCAACCCUAUGAUGAUAUGUACACGGGUUACUCAUACAACAACUGGGCCACCAAGAGUUUAGCAAGCAGCCAACUCUCCGCCAAGAGCUUCCCAUUCUUUAACUCGAUGAAUGUAAGCCCCCUGUCAUCCCAGCCCAUGUUCUCUCCCCCUAGCUCCAUCCCCUCUAUGAACAUGGCCUCAACCAUGGUGCCCUCGGCGGUGGCUGGAGUUCCUGGCACAGGCCUCAACAACUUGGGAAACCUUAACAAUCUCAACAGCCCCACAGCACUCAACUCAGCCGCAGCCACUUGCCCAUAUGCCAGCACAGCCAGCCCAUAUAUGUACAGAGACACCUGUAACUCCAGUCUGGCCAGUCUGCGACUUAAGGCCAAGCAGCACACCAACUUCGCUUAUCCCACUGUGCAGAAUCCCGUGUCUAACCUGAGCCCCUGCCAGUAUGCUGUCGACCGGCCAGUAUGAAAAGGUAUCGCCACUCUGAGUUCUCUAUUGGCCCACUUCAUAUCUCUUCAGUUUCAUCUCAAAACUGCCAGAUGCAUUGAGACUGACAGACUAAAUCCAAUGGAGCGUACGAUUUCUCCAAACUGAUACAAGAAAGGGACAUGCCCGUAAUGGACCACCCUGGUGCAAAGCAAAACUCACUUUGUAAGACUUUGCCGACUGACCAACUGCAAGCAUUUCUAAAAAAAAAAAAAACAACAAAAAAAACCUCUCAAAAAGUGUCAUUUUCUAAAUUGCAUGAUUAGAGUAAAUUUAGUAGCCAAGGGGGAAUGAGACAGGAAGGUUUCAACUGGACUCAUGAUCAACAUCUUGUAAAUGCUACUAUUGCAGGAAAAGGAAACUGUGGUUUUAAUGUUGGAAAAAUCUCGGCUGUAUAUAACAGACUCUUUUCAGUUUUGUAUGUGACAAAAUAGUAUAUGAAAAAAAAUAGGGCUUGAAGAAUGAGAAAAGCAAUCCCAGGGAUUUUGGACAAAGAGACAUCCUUUGGGGAAAUUAAUACUUCUGUUGUGAAUUCCGUUUCCCCUGGGAAGGUCACAGGUCAAAGGCCAAUUUAGACAAGCAAGAGGAGGGCAGUACUGGAUUACAAAAAUAUUCAGUUUGAUGCAACAAAUAAGAAUAUCAUCAACCUUUUUACCAUGAAAAAGCCAUUGAUUAUAUUGAUUUGUGUGGUGUUAUACAAAGGGAGUCUGUGACAGUAAACUAUAUGUAAGAGUGCAGUUGUUAUAAGAAAAACAUGUUUUUUUCUUUUCCUGAUGUAGCCUGCUUUGUCUCAUUAAAGAACAAAUUAAAGAAACAUUUUUUUU